AUGGACUGGUCCUAUUUCCCACAAGAAGACAUAGCUGCGAGGCUACCCACCGCGUCGCAGACCAAGCUUUGCGAGCCUUGCAAGGCUCUUCUCCGAAGCGAUAGAACAGCCUACGUUGAUGAAGACGAGUGGGAAAACCAGGGUUCACGGCAAAAGUACGUCCACCACAACGACGCGCGCUCUUUCCGGAGGGCACUUGAGCUUCGCUGUGACAUCUGCGUUCGGCUUUACAAAGCGUUGAAACGGCCCUAUGGUCAGCCCUAUCUUUAUGAAAUAGAGCCGACAACCUACGAGUUAGACACUCAUCUCGAAGAUCUUACAAUGCAAGACCUGAUCUACACUUUCCACACGUUACCCGUAAUACAGGCGAAGACGAAGCGAUCUCGUGGCUCGUAG